GAGACGUCGGACGCGCUCUCGGCGCUCGAGGUCGUGCUGCGCCUCGACCAGAUCCCGCGCACGCUCUACCCGAAGACGCCCCGGGCCUACGCGCGCGACGACCUCGCCGUCGGCGCCGCGCGCGACGCGGUGCGGCUCGGCAAGGACCUCGAGCUCGAGCCCGACCUCCGCGUCUGGAUGUACAUGCCGUUCCUCCACAGCGAGCGGCUCGACGACCAGGAGACGUGCGUGCGCAAGAUGGACGAGGUCGCCCGGGCGCACCCGCCGGCGGCGCCUUUCCACGCGGCGGCCCUCGCGCACCACCGGGCCGUCGAGCGCUUCGGCCGACUCCCGGAGCGGAACCGGGUGCUGGGUCGCGAUUCGACGAAGGAGGAGGAGGCGUGGCUCAAGGUCCACCCGACGGCCUGA